UGCGGGGGUUGUCUUUUGAUCUUUCGCGGUGUCCGGCUUCCGGAACGUGAAGAUGGUGGUGCGAAGGAUAGGUCGCCCCUGUCAUCGUGGUCCAUGGCUUAUUAUCUUAUUAGGUCAAGACGAAAAUUCCAGAGAGGCCAAAUAGCUGUACUGUAACUGACUCCAAGAUGUGAAAUGGAAGUAAUGGAAGAGGUCAGCAAUAAGCCGCGUGAGAUGCGGUUGUGCAGGGUAUUCGUAUUCACAGGCGUGGCCAGGCACCUCUUCUUUCUCUCCCUGAAUAUAUCGGAUUUAGCCUCGAGAAUGUGCCCCACGGGCAAUUCAGCCGCGAUAUCACUAUCAAUCGGCGUCGCCGCCACCCGGGCGAAUACAUUGUCCUGGGAUUGGUGGCUACAUUGCCCUAAUCAUGCAGCAGAUGCGUGCAGAGAAUAAGGCUGCAGAUCGGCAGUCAGAAUAUACGGAGUAAUCCGUGACUGGGGUAGUUUAACGGGACUGUCAAUUCAGGAGGCUAUACCGAGGCAAACUAGGCACUGGUUUUUAACAUACCGGUAAGGUGAUCAUACCUCAUCUCCCUUCGAUUCCUUAAGUUUAUAUUGAGGCACGG